AUGAAAGUCCUCUUCUGGAACGUCCGCGGAAUUAAGAAGGCAUCAGCUAGGAUUGCCUUAUUGAAGAUAGUCCGUGAGAACUCUCCUGAUAUCAUUUGUUUGGACGAACCAAUGGUGUCUAUGAAUAAAUUUCCAAAAAGCUUUUUUAGUAAAAUCGGUUUCGCGACUGAUUUUAUUCAAAAUGAAAGGGUCGACGCGCAUCCAAACCUUUGGAUCAUGUGGAAGCAAGGACUAAGGAAACCAUUAAUAUCCUCCAUGUCAGAGCAGAAGUUGUCAAUCCAAGUGGAGUGGAAUGAUAGAAUGCUUAAUGUUUCUAUGGUGCACGCAAAAUGCCUCAGAGCAGAAAGGAGAUCUCUGUGGAUGGAUAUAGUUUUCGAUGAUUCGGGAGCACCGAGAAUGAUUAUUGGGGAUUUUAAUGCAACCCUUUACGAUCACGAGAGACGAGGGCCAGGAAGUUUCUCUCUUGGCGCAGCCUAUGAGUUUGCUGCCAUGGUUGAUGCUUUAGCUUUGAUCCAAAUCCCUUCCUCGGGAAGAAAAUUUACUUGGACUAAUAACCGAAGAAGGGGUAAUGUUGCUGCGGUUCUUGAUAGAACUUUUGUGAAUGAAGAGUGGAUGAAGAUCUUUGACGAUUGCAUUCAAAAGGUGCUGAUUUGUGUUGCAUCAGAUCAUGCUCCCCUGAUGGCCUGCUCGGUUUCUUCUAUUAAGCCUAAAAACUGCCCUUUUAGGCUAAAUUCUUUUUGGAUGGAUCACCAUCAAUUUUUAGAUUUGAUAAAAGAAGUUUGGCAUAAUAACUUCUCAGGAUCUUCCCCUUUCAUCCUUGCGCAGAAGCUGAAGGCUCUGAAGCUUGUUAUUAAAUCUUGGUCUAGGGAAGCCUUCCCUAAUCUGGAUCAGGAGGUGAUUACUUCCAAGGCUAAGCUAGAGAACAUUCAGAGAAGCAUUGAGGAGGAUGGCCUCACUGAGCAGCUCUUUGAUCAGGAAGUCGAUGCCAAGACCAAAUAUUGGAAAGCAAUGGAAAACCAGGAGAAAUUGUGGCUUCAAAAAUCUAGGGUAAGAUGGCUUAAGGAAGGGGACAGGUGUUCCAGAUUUUUUCACGUCAUGACCAGAAUUAAGAGAUCCAAAAACACUAUUAGAUGCAUCACUACUGAGGAUGGAGUUGAUAUUAGUGCUCGAGAUCAGAUGGGAUCCUAUUUGGCAGAAUAUUAUGAGACAUUUCAUAAGAAAGUAGACCUGGAGGAUCACCCUCAGAUUUUUAACUGCAUUCCCAGAAUUCUUCAGAAUUCAGACCAAGUGAUGUUAGAUGCCAUUCCCUCUGAAGAGGAGAUCAAGAGAGCGGUGUGGGACCUCGAUCCGGACAUCUCUCUAGGACCUGAUGGCUUCACUGGAGCGUUCUUCAGAAAAUGCUGGGAUAUAAUCCAUGACGAUGUCUACAGAGCUGUCAAGGGUUUUUUUUUCAUCAGGUAUUCUUCCUCAUGGUAUUAA